CGAAAGUAGGCGUGAUAUCGAGCAUAAGACGCAGCCGUUGGAAAUUCUGUGCAAAAUCCACGACAUUUAUCAAAGGCAGAUCCGCGCGGAGAGACGCAUAACCCGGAAGUUUAUUAUGGCUACUGAGUGGGACCCAACUGACUUCGUUAAAGUGCUUCAUCUUCUAGUGAUUUCGUUCACUUGGGGAAUGCAGGUUUGGGUGUCUUUCAUAGCAGGUUUUGUGAUGAGAUCUCAGGUAUCCAUGCACACCUUUGGUCUUGUGCAAAGCAAGUUGUUUCCAUUUUAUUUCUACUGUCUGCUGGGUGGGAAUGCAGUCAACCUGGCCAUAUAUGCAGUGUACCACCCCAGAGAACUGCUGGAGUGGCACGAGGGCAUACAGAUGACUCUGUUCUUUGUGGCGGUGAUCAUGGCCGGUUUGAACACACAGUGGUUCGGUCCAUUGGCCACAGAGAGCGUGCUGGUCAUGCAAGAGAUCGAGAAGGAACACGGUCUGGGAGGUCAGGUGGGCAUGAGCGCCAAUAAGGAAGGAUACGCCAAACUCCGCGAACAAGAUCCGAAAUACAAGGAACACCGAAGCACUUUCUACCGCUAUCAUAGUCUGUCCAUGCUCUGCAACCUCAUAGGAUUUUUCUCCACUACCAUAAAUCUAAUUUAUCUGGCUCUCCAUCUGGGAACUAUAUGAAGAUUUAUAUGAGUGUUGUGUGUCUUGAGAAAGAGAAAGUGUGAGUUUGUGAAGCAAACUGGCAGGUAUUUUAGACCGUUCUCCUGUGUGUGUUCUCUCUUUCUCUGUAUCUUGUCCCUUUCUUUUGUAAGGUUGUCUUUGUCUUGUAUAACAAUAAUGCUUCUUGUUUGAAUACAACGAGAGUCCUUAAUAUUACCAAUACCAGCAAA